GCCCCGGGCUGGCGGGGCUCGUAAGCCACCAUGGAGCUGCUCGGGCCCCUGCACCUGGCUCUCUUGGGGCUGGGGUUGGUGCUGGCUGGUGCAGCGGAGACCCCGGUGAACUCCAGCUUAGGUCUUCUUGAAUUUUCUUUGGGGAAAUUUAGAUACUUUAUGCUCAACAAGCCCUUUCCAGAAGAAGCUGUAUUGCGUCAUAUUGCAAGCAACGUCACAUUUAUUAUCUUCCAAGUGCAUUCUCAGUACAAGAACGUAACAGUCUCUUUCUACAAGAAUCCUCUUCCAGAUGCUUCAGGAACAGGUGUGGGCAAAGGCCUAGUUUCCAUUCUUAGACCAGAACAGAGUGUUUGUUCUUGGUACUUAGAGACUUCUGAUGCUGAUAAUGUCUGGAGUGUGGCUAUUCCACUUUCUUAUUCAGAAAAAGAUCCUAUCCCUGGAGCCUGUAAUCUCGAGUUUGAUUUAGACGUGGAUCCCAACAUUUACUUGGAGUAUAAUUUAUAUGAAACAGUUAUCAAAUUUGCCCCAGCAAAUCUAGGACAUGCCAGAGGCACAGAUCCUCUGCCCUGUGAUCUGGGGACUGGUCUGGAUUCCAGGUGGAGACUGCAGUAUGAUAUCUAUCAGUAUUUUUUGCCUGAGAACAAUCUCACUGAAGAGGUGCUACUAAGACACAUGCAGAAGAUGUCUAUGGUGUCUCAGGUAGAAGCCAGUGGUUUCAAAGUUGCUACCCUAAAAUCUGGUGAUAAGACCAUUGCUUACUUCUCAUCUGUCCCAGGACAGGGUGUAAUUUAUAAUGUUAUUGUACGGGACCCCAUUUUAAAUACAUCAACUGCUUACGUUCCUGCUCACACAUAUGCCUGUCGCUUCAAUACAACCCUCGAUAAUUGUUCUUCUCUUGGAAGGAUUUCAACCAAAGUGUUUUUCACCAUUUUUGCUAUUCUUGGUCUCUUCAUUUGUUUCUUUGGACACAGAUUCUGGAAAACAGAACUCUUCUUCAUAGGCUUUAUCUUCGUGGGAUUCUUUUUUUAUAUAUUGAUUACAAGAUUAACUCUUCUUCAAUAUGAUGAUCGCCUGAUUUUGACUGCAGUUGCUGGAGGCCUUGGUGGAAUUCUCUUGGUAAUGGUUUGGUGGAGAUUUGGGUUGAUCCUGAUUUGCAUGCUCUGUGUUGGGCUAGUCCUGGGAUUCCUCAUCUCAUCAGUGGCUUUCUUUACUCCACUAGGAGACUUGAAGGUUUUUCACGAUGAUGCUGUGUUCUGGGUGGCUUUUUCUUGUAUGACCAUUUCGAUUCCGGUAGUUUUCAUAGGUUGCCUAAGAAUUCUGAACAUACUGGCUUGUGGGAUUACUGGCUCCUACUCUGUGGUCUUGGCCAUUGACAGCUAUUUUUAUACCAGCCUUUCAUACAUCACUUUGAAUGUACUUAAGAGAGCAGUCAACACCGAUUUCAACAAAGCUUACACCAACGUGCCUUUUCAGACUAAUGACUUUGUUAUUCUGGCUGUCUGGGGAAUGUUGGCAGUAAGUGGAAUUACAUUACAGAUCCGGAGAGAGAGGGGACAACCGUUUUUCCCUCCCCAUCCCUAUAAAAUGUGGAAGCGAGAAAGGGAUCGAAGAGUCACCAACAUUCUGGAUCCCAGCUACCACGUUCGUCCGAUACGAGAGAGAUUCUAUAACAGAUUAACACAGUUGAAGCAGUUAUUUCAAGGGGAAGAGGCAGCAGGAGAAAGAACGCCUCUGCUACUGUGAUGGAGACGACCCGUUAUUGCUUCCCUUUUCUCCGAAGGACCAAAUCAGCAUGAACGUUCCAAGCAAUGCUCAUCAGCUAUGGUGCUAUGCCUUGAUUGCUUAAGAAAUCCACAGAGUGUUUGAAGGUCAGCCAGCAUGUGUUGCCUGGGAUAGUGUGUUAGGCUGUGUUAGCCUCCAUGUGCCUGUUCACAAGGUUUGACAUGCCUUCAAGACAUUCUCAUGAUAAAGUGGUGUUCAGAGGCAGUUACAUUUUUGUCUACGCGCUGUUGAGGAGAAUGUCUGGAGGCGGGAGUGGUGUGGAAUGAGUGAGAUGGCAGGAAAUGUCUGUUGAUGGUAAGGAAGCAUUUUCCCAUUUUAAAUUAUCUGAAAAGAGCUUUGAGUUUAAUGUUCAACUUAAUCCAUUAAAUAUAGGUAAUAAGAAAGGAAAAGUACAUGGGCUGGUGGGUAUAUGAAAUGGAGAUGCUAAGGCCCAUUGUCAUAUCAUUCUUGAAAUCCCUUAAUAUUUCUCACAACCCCUUAAAAUGUUUCUUUUAAUUUGUCUAAUUAUGGUAGUGAUUUAUGCAAAUCUGAGACUUAAUCUUUAUUUGUGGUUGCUGGAGAUCUAGGGACCUGACAGUAUACCCAGUGUCAGUACACCUAAAGUGUACUGAGUGUACUUUGAAUUUUAGAGAAUAUACAGAGGGAUGAGAAAUGAAUCAUUUAAUUAUCAGAAGCUGACCAGUAAUGAGGAGUGAUCUUUGCUAUUCUCUCUCAUUAGACGUCUGUACUCUUCCUCAUUAGACUAUGUUAUGGAAAAGGCAAUCUUUAUUUUUUGGCUUGAAUUAUAUCCAUCAUCUCUGAUGUUUCAACUGACUCAAAAGAGAUAAAAAUGUAUAGAUAAUGAAGCCUGAUGACUUAGUUUUAAAAAUCCAAAUAAAUGUCCAUCCAGUCUUGCCUUUUUUAUGGGCAUUUCCAGCAUAACACUAAAAACUUGUAACAAAUGUUUGUUGAGAAUAUGUGGGUUGUGUUUUUUCUUUUAGAAAAGAAUUUACACUCAUUAGCUUUCGUCCCUUUUUUUUUUUUUUUUUAACAAAAUCAUACAAAGUUAAGUGUUUUUUAUAUUGUAACUCUUAUUAGCUGGUGUUGGCACAAAUAUAAGAAAACUUGCCUGACAGUCUCUUCCUCAAGGCUCUUGUUACCUGGGUGGUUGAAAGUGAAUUUAGUGGAAGGGAGGAUAAAAUGCAAUGAAGAUCAUUAGCGUUGGGACACAACCAACUUUAAGUUUUAUUCGUUUGUCGUCCGAGAGCCAUUUUUUUCCCACCACAAGAAGGCAUUAUGCCCUGGACUGCUAACUCCACAACAGGCCUCUUGUCCCAGUUCUGCCAUAAUAAUGGACAGUAUGAAUUUCAAAUUAGUUGGAAUUUCUUGCACAAGAUUAUAUAUGGGUUAACCACUGUUGCUUGAAGCAGUGUAGCUUUCAGCAGUUUUCGUAGUAUCAUCCUUGUGAUAGUUGGAAUUUCUAGUUUUUGUUUAAUUUUUACCUUUAAAAAUAGUCUUGGAAAAUUAAAAAAAAAAACCAUAAAUGAGUUUUUUGUACUGAUUGUCUCUACUGUCCAACUUCACCUCAUUACAAUGGCCUUUUGGAUUUAAAUGAAACUCUUUCAAAUAUAGAAUUCUGAAACCUUUUAUGGCCCAUGGAUAAAAUUUACACUUUAAAACCUUUUCCCCCUCCCCUUUUUUUACAUUAGGCAUGUAGCCUGUGCCUAUGGGAUGCAUUUCCACUUAUUAUAUUUAUUUGUAAAGUCAAGGUUUGUUGUUAGCUAGGGAUUGUAAGGGUAGGGCACUUAAUUAAGGAAGAAAACACAUUUUGUUUAACUUUCAAAUAGUCAUAUUUUGUGAGUAAUCAAAAGCAGAAAUUUGUAUGUCUUUUUAUAAUAAAUACAUAUUUCCAAAAACCCUACUCCAGGCUAUUUACCUUAUCUGUUUUCAUUUUUGGAAGAAAAAAAUUAGAAUAAAGCAUGUUGUUUAUUUAA